AUGUGGGGGGUAAACGCAGGCCUUGCAUGGCUUGCAGCCACGACGCAGCUUUCUUUCCGACCUUAUGAUGCUCAACCAAUACUGAAAGCUCCCAAAGUACCCGGUGCCCGCUCCGAUUUCAAGCUCGUCGAAGGCAAACAUAUCUUGUCGCCCAAGACAAUGCUUGAACUUCCGAGGCCAGGUAAUGGUGUAGCCAACUCGGCGGGGGAUCUUACUUUGGUACCUCUGAGCCAAUAUGGAUUCGACGAAAACCGCACGAACAAAACGAUUUAUAUUAUUCCUCUUCAAUCGACUGUCAAUCCUGUUGAGCUCCCCUUGUUUGACGGGGGUGAGGCCUUCUGGAUCGACGACCGCACCAUCGGUCAUGUUCGUCCUGGUUCCGAGGGAAAGAGUUCUCAGGAGCUCUAUGCAGUUUCGGUUGAAUACACCGUCGAUACUACAACCGUAACGCCCAAGUCUCCCGUUCGUGUUGGUGCAUUCCCCGACGCACAGCUUUCCAACUUCAAAUACUCUAAAUCUGGAGCUCUGGUGUUCUCUGCUUAUGUCUACGAGGACCGCAAUUUGUCGUCCGUUCGUGAACAAGACGAAAAAUGGAGGAACCGUGGGAACACUGCUCUUGUAUACGACGAGAACUUUGUGCGCCAUUGGGAUGAGUAUCGUGGCCCCAAACGCCAGGCUCUUUUCAGCGUGGACCUCAAGAAGAACAAAGGCGAAUGGACACUCGGCGAGGAAGUCUUUGCUCUCCAACUUCCUCAACACAGCACUCCUGUCGAGCCGUUUGGCGGCGCAGAGGACUUUGAUGUCUCGGAAACCCAUGUCCUUUAUACCACAAAGGACCCCAAUGUUCCCGAAGCUCUUCACACUCGCCAAAACGUUUAUUUGGCUCCUCUUCGCCCGGCUCCCGGUUCUGACCUCGUCCGUGAGCUCACGAGCGGUAUCCAAGGAGCCACGCACAACCCUGUGCUCAGCAAAGAUGGCAAGAAGGCAGCCUGGGCUGAGAUGGAGCGUGAUGGAUAUGAGAGUGACAGGUCCAAGCUUGUUGUGUACGAUAUCGAGGCAGGAGUGCGGUUUACUAUUACCGAUAAUUGGGAUCAAUCUGUGGCCGAUUUGACUUUCACGCCCGAUGGAAAGUCGAUCAUUUUCACCUCUGGCCACAACGCCAAGAUCUUGUUGUACACCAUUCCAGUUCCUCCGACACCUGCCCAUUCAGAUAUGCAUCUCCCAGUGGUCAUCCCUAUUGCUCUCACCACCAAGCACGCUGCGACGAACCCUCAGGCUCUCCCCGGAGGACGUGUUUCAUUUACCUCUUCCUCUCUUAAAUCCCCUAACGAUAUCUUUGUGCUUUCUGGGCUUGACACCGACUCGGCAGUUCCUCAUAAAAUCGAAAUCAAGCGCGUCUCCAAGUUCACCGAGGACAAGCUUUCUGACCUUGGUUUGAGUGAGCCUGAGGAGUUCUGGUUCACGGGAGCCAAGGACAAAAGGGUUCAAGGAUGGAUUGUUCGCCCUCCUGGUCUUACUAAGGGCAAGAAGUAUCCUGUUGUGUUGCUCAUCCAUGGUGGACCUCAAAGCGCUUGGGAAGACAACUGGAGCACGCGUUGGAACCCUCAAGUCUUUGCUCAGCAAGGAUACGUCGUCGUGACGAUCAAUCCUACAGGUAGCACCACUUUUGGUCAAGAAUUUACCGAUGCUAUUGCCGAGGAUUGGGGAGGAAGGCCAUUUGAAGACCUUCGCAAGGGCUGGAAACACGUUUUGGAUAACUAUGAAGAAGUCGAUGGUGACCGCGCUGUUGCCGCUGGUGCUAGCUGGGGUGGAUAUGCCAUCAACUGGAUUCAGAGCCACCCCGAGUGGAACUUCAACUUCAAGGCUCUUGUCUGCCAUGACGGGGUCUUUGAUACUGUUUACAACGGUUUUGCGACUGACGAACUCUACUUCUUCAACCAUGACUUUGGUGGCCCGCCAUGGAGCCGCCGUGGUCGCGAAGCAGCCGAGAAGUUCAAUCCCGUAAACCGUGUCUCGCACUGGAGUACUCCUCAGCUUAUCAUCCAUGGAAGCCGUGACUACCGUCUCGCUGAAACGGAAGGCCUCAGCGUCUUCAACGCGCUUCAAUCGCGCGGAAUCCCGAGCCGAAUUGUUAUUUUCCCUGAUGAGAACCAUUGGGUGCUCAAGCCAGGCAACUCCCUCAAGUGGCACUACGAGGUGUUCCGUUGGUUCGACCAAUGGGUUGGAACAGAUAAGGAAUAUGAAGGGAUCAGGAACGCAGAAGAUCGAGCAUCAGUCGCCAUCGCACCGGUAAUGACCACCACCACGAAGCCCAGCCAACUCAUAAAGGGAUUCGUUCCCGAGACAUUCCUUCCUUCCUGCCUCAGUUCGCUCCUCUCUGUCGCACACUACUGUGUUGCCAAUCGUUUCAAAUUUUAUUCUUGA